AGGCGGAAGUUUGGGUCCCGGAGGCAGUGGAGCGGAGCUGAGGUGUCGCUUACUGCUGCUGGCGCUGCCUGCGGCUCUUCCGGGUCUCUCUCCGCUGCGCUCGCGCGAGGUUGGAGGCGGGAACCGGGAACCAUGGCUGUGAGGCAGCUGCGUAGCCCGGCGGGGUCUGGAGGCUGAACUCGGCGACUCCUGUCCGCGGGGCUCCUCCUCGCUCCGGAGGUUUAGGGUUUUAGCUAGGGUCGCGCCGUCCCGGCCCCCCCAAGACCCUCAAAAAAUGACCGCCGCCUCCACCUCCAAAUGGGGGCUGGUCACGAACGUCGUCAACAGCAUCGUGGGGGUCAGCGUCCUCACCAUGCCUUUCUGCUUCAAGCAGUGUGGCAUCCUCCUGGGAACCCUGCUCUUGGUCUUCUGCUCAUGGAUGACUCACCAGUCGUGCAUGUUCUUGGUGAAGUCGGCCAGCCUGAGCAAGAGGAGAACCUACGCUGGCCUGGCAUUCCACGCCUACGGCAAGGCUGGGAAGAUGCUGGUGGAGACCAGCAUGAUCGGGCUGAUGCUGGGGACCUGCAUUGCCUUCUACGUCGUGAUUGGUGACUUGGGCUCCAACUUCUUUGCUCCGCUGUUAGGAUUACGGGUGACCAACAGCUUCCGAGUGUUCCUGCUCUUCACAGUGUCCCUGUGCAUCGUGCUCCCGCUCAGCCUGCAGAGGAACAUGAUGGCCUCCAUCCAGUCCUUCAGCGCCAUGGCGCUCCUCUUCUACACCGUCUUCAUGUUUGUGAUUGUGCUGUCCUCCCUUAAGCAUGGCCUCUUCAGUGGGCAGUGGCUGCAGCACGUCAGCUAUAUCCGCUGGGAGGGUGUUUUCCGCUGCGUCCCCAUCUUUGGCAUGUCCUUUGCCUGUCAGUCCCAGGUCCUGCCUACCUAUGACAGCCUGGAUGAACCAUCGGUGAAGACCAUGAGUUCCAUAUUUGCCUCCUCCCUCAACGUGGUCACCGCCUUCUACGUCAUGGUGGGGUUUUUCGGCUACGUCAGCUUCACUGAUGCCACUGCGGGCAAUGUGCUGAUACACUUUCCCUCCAACCUGGUGACAGAGAUGAUCCGAGUGGGCUUCGUGAUGUCUGUGGCUGUGGGCUUCCCCAUGAUGAUUCUGCCAUGCAGACAGGCCUUGAACACACUGCUGUUUGAGCAGCAGCAGAAAGAUGGGACCUUUGCUGCAGGAGGCUACAUGCCUCCACUCCGGUUUAAAGUCCUCACCCUCUCGGUGGUGUUUGGAACCAUGGUUGGCGGGAUCAUGAUCCCCAACGUGGAAACCAUCCUUGGCCUCACAGGGGCGACAAUGGGGAGCCUCAUCUGCUUCAUCUGCCCAGCUCUGAUCUAUAAGAAAGCCCACAAGAGCGCCCCCUCAGCCCAGGUGGUGCUCUGGGUCGGCCUGGGCGUCCUGGUGGUCAGCACACUCACUACCCUGUCUGUGAGCGAAGAAGCCCCUCUGGACUUGGCACAGGAAGCAGCUCGAAGUGGCCGGAGAGAUACCGAGGGCGGGAUUAAAGCGGAGGCGGCCCGGCUGUCAGUCCAGGAUCCUGUCAUGGUUGUUGCUGAGAAUAGCCAGGAGAAGCCAAAGCCACCGGAGGACACAGAGGCACUGGAGCAGGCCCAGAUCAAGGGUCCUGUAGAGGUGCCUGGAGGGGAGGCCCCUAAGGAGAAGCAAGAGGCCGCGCAGCUGGACCGCCCCGGUCAGGGCAUUGCUGUCCCCGUGGGCGAGGCCCACCGCCAUGAGCCUCCCGUUCCUCAUGACAAAGUGGUGGUGGAUGAAGGCCAAGACCAGGAAGGGCCAGAGGAGAAAAAGCCACCUCCCAGGCUCACAGCUGAAGGAGACCCUGGGGACAGGGGACAGGUGGCACCACCUGCACCCGAGUCAGAGAGGAAGCAGGAACCUGAGAGGGGGGAGGAAGGGAAGAGACCCGAGCAAGCCCUGGUUGUGAGGGAAGCUGAACAUCCCCAGAAGGUUCCAGAAGCAAAUGGCCAGCCACCUGUCCAGCCCAGGAAGGAAGAGUUGAGACCAGACAAUGGAGAUCUGCAUCCGGUCCCCCAGUCCAGGCUCUCGGUGGCAGGUGAUGGCAAAGAGGCUGCACAGGAGCCUGGAGGGGUCCAGGGGAAGCCGGUGGAAGUUGACCUGGAGAGCCACGAGGGUGGGAAGGCGGAGCUCCCUGCACAAAGGCCAGAGCCUGCAGAGGAGAGGGAGCCGAAGGAGGCUGAGAAACCAGGUGGAGACCAGGCGGGGAGCAAGCUGGAAGCUGAGAUUAAAAAACUAGUAGCAGAAGCCGGGAGGGCAGAGAUGCUGGACCACGCAGUGCUGCUGCAGGUGAUCAAAGAGCAGCAGGUGCAGCAGAAGCGCCUCCUGGACCAGCAGGAGAAGCUGCUGGCCGUGAUCGAGGAGCAGCACAAGGAGAUCCGGCAGCAGCGGCAGGACGGCGAGGACGACAAGGCUAAGCCAGCAGACGUGCAGCCAGAGCCUGGGAUGGCCGUACUCAAAGGACAGGAGGAGGCGGCCCGGGAUGAGCAUGCCGGGGAGACAGUAGAAGGUGGCCCUCCACAGCCUGUGCAGCCUGGGCCUGGAGCUCCUAGGGGUCGCCCUGCUCCACCCCAAGAGAUGGGCCAGCAACCCCUGGAGGAAGCCAAGGCAGAGCCAGGCAGAGACCUUGCUGACCCUCCUGCCGGUGGCUCUGACACAGGGCCCCAAGGGGCCCAGACUAAACUGGGAGAGGACCAGAAGGGCGCUGCACUCAAGGUGGCUGCAGCUAUGAGGGACCUGGUCCCCAGGGACUUGGAACCAGCACCCAAGCCAGACUCUGCUGGGGCACCACCCAAGAGUCCAGAGAAGCAGUUUGCAGAGGAAGGCGCCAGGCAGCACCUAGAUGCCUUUGGUGGAGGCUCCCAAGAAAGGAAGGAAACUGCAAAGGAAGCAAUGGCCAUUGGUGCCGCUAUUCCAAAGGAGCCUGCCCAGUCCUUGGCAGGGGCAGAGGCUGAGGACUCUCGCACGAAGUCCAGGCAAUCAGGACCCACCAUGGUCCCGGCUAGGCCAGCAGAUACAGGCUUCCAGCCCCAGGCCAGGUUUCAGCCAGAGCCCCAGAUCAUCCCUGACAAAGGUCAGGAUUCUCCCCCAGAGGUAAGAAGUGAGGACCCCCGAGGGGUUCGCAUACCUCCUGAGGAGCAGCACAGAGGAAAUGGGGGUGCUGCCAUCGAGGAGCCCGAGAAGAGGCCAGAUCCUGAUUCUGGGCCGAGACUAGCUGUGCCUGGGGCUCAGAAGCAAGAGAAUGCCAAACCCAACCGAGACCUGAAAGUGCAGGCUGGCUCUGACCUGCGGAGGAGACGGCGGGAUCUGGCCUCUCCUCCAGAGCAGGAGCUGGCUCCGAAGGACGGAGUCAUCAUCAACUUUAACUCCCUGCCUAAUGUACAGGUGAAUGAUCUCCGCAGUGCCCUGGACGCCCAGCUCCGUCAGGCUGCGGGGGCUGCGGUACAGGUGGUGCACAGUCGGCAAAUUAGACAGUUGCCUGGAUAUCUAGAGGAAGCGUGAGAGCCAGACAUUGAACAGCAGCUGGUGUUCCCUAGCGACACCCUGAUUGGAGGCCACGCUCUUACGUCCCCAGGGGUUGGCAUCUAAGCCCCUCAUGAUGAGCUGGGAGCGUGUAGCCCCAGACAUCUUGUCACUCUGUGGUAUCACUUGCCGCAAGGCUUUGCCAAGGCACCCACUGGCCCAAGUGUGGUUUGGGCCUUGAGCCAGCCCAGGAAAGGCAGUGCUGGGGUUGGACUCCGCUGCUCUGUGGCAGCGCUUGUCUGUCCAGCACCGACAGAGACAGCAGGGCACAGUCCUCAUCUAACCCGCAGCCUGCCACAGCCGGAUUCCACGCUGACUUGAUUGUCCCAUGUUCUCCAUGUGUGGCAGACCUGCAGUAGGCAUCUGUGUCCCCAUCCCGUCCCGUCACCCCAUCAGGCCCCGGGUUGGGUAUGUCUUGACUUGGGUUGGGGAAGGAGGUACAUGAUCCUCCUGGUUUCCCGUCAUCCACAUUCUUUGAAAUUGAUUAUGAAACACAAAAUAAAACACCACUAACAUUU